ACUAAAAUGCACACAUGUCCAAGGAGUGCAUAACAAUUAUACAACUCAACAAAAUAUAACAGGUUAGAAGGUUGAGUCAGUUACAGCUCAUCAAGGCUAGUUGCGCUUUGCGGUGAUAUGUUUUCAAAACGACAGAAAAGGGGGACUUUUAGUUUUUCAGAGUACUGAUGUUGACAUCAAGCCAAGAGUGAGGUGGGGGAGAUUUCUUGUAAUCCUACCCCCACUUGGGGUCGUCAAGAAACGCUACUGUAACACGUUGGAGUCGUCACAUACCCAAAGCACAUCACUACAGUCAGGAGGGGAAAACCACGCCUCUCGCCGAGAAAUUCCGCUGACCUGAUAUAUAAGCAUUGAAGCACUGCCAUACCUCAGAAUAACGCAAGAACUACUGGUGAAUAACGAAUCUGUAUAUAUCUGUCUAUUCUUUAACAAUCCCGAUACACACUUGGAUUACAAUCAUGACACUGGAACUAGAACAGAUCUUUGGACAGGAGAGCGCACUCGACGCCACAGAUAGAGUGCAAAGUGCAGGCACAGCCCUGGAGGAGUUGUUGGUGUCUGCAAAGAAGCAGGACUACCUUACCGUUGGAGUCUAUGAGUCUGCCAAAAUUAUGAAUGUUGAUCCAGACAAUGUGGCAUUCUGCGUUCUGGCGACAGACGAGGAGUACGAAUGCGACAUCGCUCUCCAGAUCCACUUCACCCUCAUCCAGGCUUUCUGCUUCGAUAACGACAUAAACGUGGUACGCGUUAACGAUAUAGAGCGCCUGGCUGAACUCGUGGGCACAGAAGAGGCCGGCGAACCCAAGGACGCACAUUGCAUUCUUGUCAGGAGCCCUGGUUCUGAGUCAUGGAAAGACCCUGCUCUGGACAAACUGCAUCUGUUUUGUGAGGAGAGCCGCAGUGUGUAUGACUGGGUUCCCACCAUCACUCUCCCUGAACGCUGAACAACCAACCCUCUGCAUGCUUCAUUUGUUGAUGAUGAAGAUGAUGAAGAGAGCAUAAAAUGACCGGAACCUCAGGGUUUGAAGUCUGCCUAUUGGAAUACACGGCUGUGGCUGUAACCCAGGACUCAAUGUGCAGUCUGGGAUGGCAGUGCAGUUUCUGGAUUACCCCGUGGAGGGGUCAGGGCUCACAUGUGGACUGGCUCAGGUGUAUGUGGACUGGGCCCAUGUCAUGUCAUUAAAGCCUGGACCAGGGUGAGGAGUUGAACUGGACUGGACUCUGCAGAACAUAGAUCAUGAUCCUAUAGCUGCUCUGACAAGGGCCAAUGGUAAGGGGUGAACGGAGGAGAUGGUCAGAGAAAGAAAGAUAAGGGAGAAGAAACUGAUGAGUGAAAAUGUGUAACAUGAUUGGAUGUAAGGUGGUGGCAGAAAGACACGUGAAAGAAGGUGAAUAACACAAGAGAAAGGAAAAUAUUGGACUUUUCCAAAGCCAAUGGGCAAUGCUCGGAUUGAAACUCAAACAUUCAUUUUCUUAACAUUAUUAUUUUCUUUAUUAUUUUUGCUGUCAAAUGAUGCAAAAACACAUGCAACAUUGUUCUGUUUGUUAUGAAACUGUAAAAGCAUUUUACACAAUUUCUUAAUAAAUGCUUUAAACUUUA